UAUGUAUCGUUAGUAGUAUGCAAACGUUACGUUUAUUUUUGUUUAGAUGUUGACGAACUUUUUCGCGUAGUGUAAGUUAGAUUCGCACCGUCACCAUAAAUUUCAAAAACUAAAAAAUAAAUUUGAACUUUCUUUAAACUUUAUUCAUAAAAAAAAGUUUCACUUUUCGACUUGUUUGUUAAUAUUGAACUUGAUGAAUAAUAGUAAUUAAUUGAUUGAUUAACUGUCGAAAAUAAUAUCUCGUGUAGUGCAUAUAGAUUGAAGGGUAAAUUUAUUACAAAAAAACAUACAAGUGUCAGAUUCAUAUACCUAUCAUCAGCUGUCCGGGGUUCCGAUUCAACAGAACUGCGCAAUCUCACACCCCACCUCGCUCGCCAUAGAGGAGAACAGCUGAGUUGAGAUACAAACUCAAAACAUACAGUUCGUGUUUUCAGUAUACAUCUAACCAUUGAAGGAGAUAGUGUAAUAUGCUAAGAUAGCUGGGUGCAAAGCACUUAGGACUUAGACAAAUUUUUUCUCCUGCUAUAAGUGACUCGAUUUAGUGGGUGUUGUGCGAUUUUUUUUUUAUUUAUUUAAUUUGGAUAUGUUGCCUCAAAAUAUGGAUUCUUCAAGAUCGGAGACACUUUCUUUGAGUGGUCAGCCUAUUUUUGGUUCGCAAUUGGUUGAUAAAAAUUCUGCUACUCCCUACUCUGAUGCUACUCAGGUAGGUGGGAUUUUCUUAACAUUAUUUUUUUAUGAAAAAAUUUUGUGAAGUGUUUUGUGACUACUUUUGGAUAACGUUUUUUAAAACUUAUUUAUAGCAGACGAAGAAAAAUAAUCCGAACCACAUCAAGAGGCCAAUGAACGCGUUCAUGGUGUGGUCUCAAAUAGAACGUAGAAAAAUUUGCGAAGUAAGUCCAGAUAUGCACAACGCCGAAAUUUCCAAAAAAUUAGGUAGGCGAUGGAAACAAUUGAAUGACGAAGAACGUCAACCGUUUAUAGAAGAAGCAGAACGACUCCGUCAAUUACACCAAAAGGAAUACCCCGAUUACAAAUACCGUCCCAGAAAGAAAAGUACCAAACCAGCUCCUAAGAGUAGUUCAUCCAAAAAAACUAAAAAGCCUGGUAAAAUACAGAAGAACGACACUAAUAAUAACAAUAGCACCGUAUUAAACGAAAAGAUUUUUGCUAGACGUAGUACAGUGCCAGAAUCGGUUGCGUCGAAAUUGAAGUUUAGGUUGACGAACGUCGUAGAACAGAGGCAGGUGAAUAGGGUAGUAGAUACAGAAGAUAAUAUAAGACAGAGUAUGCCUUUGCCUCCGAUGAGCUUCCUAGCUAAAGUCCCUUCGAGUCCCUCUUGCGAAACUCCAGAUUCCCCAGAAAGCGCUACCAUAUACGACGAUACAUGGGUCAAUAAUUUUAGCACAGUGAAAGAGGAACCCGAAGACAGGUUGUCACAUUCUCAAAUAGCGACAGCUACCUUAGAUGACCUCGACAGGAUUGACGACUUGUUACCAAUGGACGGGAAUAUUCUAGAAGAACUGGCAGAUAUAGAUACGAACUUCGACACAGCAUCGAAUUGUUCCGCGUCUCAUUUAGAUUUCUCUUGUCCCAAGGAUAUCCCAAUGUUCUCGAAUAUAGAGAACGCUUGGUGCGAAAUACGAACCGAAGAUUUUUUAAUGUGUUGAAAAAGAGACUAAGACUGUUUUUUUUUGAGAUUCUACUGUGUGUGGAGGCACAAUUAUUGUUAUUAAUAUUCUGGGGUUGGUCCUCAUUAUAUAUAUAAAACGAUGACCACAUCGACAAUUUUUAUAUUGUUAUAUAAAUAUUAUUAACCCCGACAUUGAUCUCAUUUUGCGUUUAUUAUUUUUGUAUUUAUCAUUAUGACGUAUUACCAGAAUCUACCAGUUUCACGUAAGACAGUCAUUUUAGAUCGAGAAAUCGAAACCACAAUUAAGAAAAGUCUUUGUAAAUAUGAAUAUUUUUUUAAAAGUGUGUUAAUUAACAAACAUAAGACAAUUUUUUGGUAUCAAGGAAUGCAGAAUACCAAUCUAAUAAUAGUAUACUAACAACUAGUUUUGUCAAAAAUACUUUGAUACGAUUUGAAAAUUACACUUAUCUAUUAACUGAUAGGGUAAUAUCUUUCAGCUGGUUGAUUAUAAAGUUUUUUACUAUCCCAAAA